CCACUGCAAGCAGUGACCUUUGCGGGUCUGACCUUCACAACUGGGGGUCUGAUACUCUUCACUUGUACCAACCCUCUGACAGCAACUCUAGGCCUGAUGAACGUCGUAUUAUACACCCUCAUUUAUACCCCAAUGAAGCGCACAAACAUUGCGAAUACCUGGGUGGGGGCUAUCGUAGGAGCCAUACCUCCCAUAAUGGGGUGGACCGCGGCCACCGGGUCACUUGACAUAGGAGCAAUCCUAAUGGGCGGAGUACUGUAUGCGUGGCAGUUCCCGCACUUCUGUGCCCUCAGCUGGAACCUUCAAUCCGACUAUUCUCGAGCCGGAUAUCGGAUGAUGUCGGUUAUCGACCCGGAUCUCUGUAGGCGGGUCUCGCUGAGAUAUAGCCUAGCGUUGUCCGGUUUAACCUUACUAUUUCCGGUUGGUAACGUAACGACGUGGACUUUUGCAGUUGAUUCACUUCCGUUAAAUUUGUGUUUAAUUUAUCUGGCGUUUAAUUUUUAUCGAAAGGGCGAUAGCUCGUCGUCUAGGAAGCUAUUUCGUUAUACCUUGGUGCAUUUGCCGCUUCUACUGGUGUUUAUGAUUAUUAGUAAAACCCAUUUUGGCGAUGAUGACGUCAGUAAAGAUGGCGGUGCGAAUGAUGGUAAGAUGGUAGAGGUGAGAGUUGAGUGA